AUGGAUGAGUCUGGACAAGAUAAAUUCAAAAAAUCCACAAAGAGCCUGAGUUUCCUUAGUAUAAACAGCAACAAAUUGCCACAUGGCCAUUCUUGUGAGCACGAGCAUGUGCAUCCUAGUAUCCAUCCUAGUUUAUCUCGAAGCUCUUCUCAAAUUGAUUUCCUGAAUUUUGCUGAGCCUCAAAAUAGCAAUAAGUUAAAAAAGAAAUCCUUUAAUGAUUUGCUAUCCAACUGUGAGGUUGGUUGCGACAUAAUGAUGAUGGAAAUUUCCGAAAAUAUGCAAAAAUCUGACAGCCAUGUCUAUGAUUUUCAGAACAAUUCUAAUACUGAAGUACAGAUUGUGCCCAAAAAUUAUACAGAAUCAGAAAUAGAUUUGUGUGAUGAUACAAAACGGGGAUUAUUUGCAGGGAAUAUUCUUGAAGAUCGAACAAAGGAAAAGUGUGCUCAUUAUUUUAUGGACGAUCCUUUAACAUUCAAGAAUGCCAAUAGUGAAUUAAUGGAUCAUCAAUUCCCAACGCUGUGCAUUGAAUGUGACUGGGAGGAUGAAGGAAAUGUUCAAAAUAUCAGCAAUCAGUGGGUCGUAGAUAUCAGCACAGAAUUCAUCAAAAAUAUCAACAGCAGGCAUAUUGAAGACAGUGUGGUUUUUCAAAAACUUUUUUGA